UGUGUGUGUGUGUGUGUGUGUGUGUGUGUGUGUGUGUGUGUGAGAGAGAGAGAGGGUGGUUAGGUACUGUGGGAUUCUUUCAUCAGUUUGGUUCAUUGGACAGGUCAGAGUCUAUGUUUGAAGUGGUGGAGUGGGUUUUGGCAAUACAAUUUAGAUGUAUUCAUGGAUUUAGCUGUUGAAAUUUCGUCCCAGACCCCCCUACUGGCUGUAGGCUAAGCCACCAAUGUCUUCAAAUCCUGGGGGAGAGAGGAGCUACUACCCCUGGGGAGAGAGGAGCUGCUACCCCUGGGGAGAGAGGAGGUGCUACCCCUGGGGAGAGAGGAGCUGCUACCCCUGGGGAGAGAGGAGGUGCUACCCCUGGGGAGAGAGGAGCUGCAACCAGGAGAGACUGCGACCAUGCUCUAUAAGAGCUUAACGUUUGUUGAUUGUUGUGGAACGUUUGUCAGGAGCUUCAGUGAUGAAGACUGCUGAACUUGCUGAUGUUUCACAAUAUGCCAUGGCCGUCUCAGUCACCAGGUCUCAACCUAAUUGAACACUUACCACCAACAAAACACCAAAUGAUGGAAUUUCUUGUGGAAGAAUGUGUCACAUCCCUCCAAUAGAGUUCCAGACAGUUGUAGAAUGUAUGCCAAGGCUCAUUGUAAGAGCUGUUAAGAGAGAGGGAGUGGAGAGAGAACAGGCAGAACCUGAUAUGUAAAUGAGCAGAGUAAACGAAAGCAACUUCGACGACCUAAUGAUCAUUCCAGACUCUGUUUCUAUUGAGAGAUAAAAGGGGUCCGUUCUCUAAAAUGAGUCUCUCUGGGGAGAGAGAGGAGGUUGGGGAACAUGACACCAAAGCUAAGAGACCAAUAAAGCGGAAGAGACCAGCCUCCCCUGUUCCCAGCUGUGUGUCCAUGAAGAGUGACUGCUCUAUGGAACCUCCUAUAUUCUUUAGAGAGGGAGACUUUUCUACUGAACAAAGAAACCAACAGGAGAGAUCCGAGUCAGAUAUUGUCAGUGGUCAGUCUCCCCCAAGUCAUCAAACAGACCUGGACUCCAUAUUCAGUUUGCUUGAAGAGAAUAUUAUGACAUUUAUGAAGAACGAGCUGAAGAUGUUCAAGAGGAUUCUUAGUCCAGAACUCCCAGAAGGCUUUGAGAGUCAGAAGCAGGAUAAGGAAAGCCAGAUGAGCUUGUUGUGA